AACAAAAGAAAAAGCUGACAUUGUCAAAGCUCAAAAUAAUGCUAAAAGCAUAAUAGAAAAGACAUAUACGAAUGUCCAGAACGAAGGAUUUCAUUUCUGAAUUGGAUUUGCGUAGAACAUUCGACUGAGUAAUCGCGUAAAAACGAAAACAAAAUUGUGAUAUUUGUUGUGAAUAACUAAAAAUAUAAACAUUUCAAAGAAUUGUGUAGAAGAAAUUUUUGUGAAAUAUAAUUACAUAAAUUGCGCAAAAGGGGCUAGGUGUGGGUGGCGAAAUUCGAAAAUUCGUCGACUCAUAUCCAAAACCUCUACAAGCAGAGAAUAAAAAAUCGAUUUCUAACUAUGGCGUAUAGUCAAAAAGUAUAUAAUCCUGUGGCGAUAAAAAUGGCAAAACCAUGCCACCAUAAGAAGUGUGCUAAACGCGCAACAGCACCGCUUCAUAGAAAAAAUACACAUCGAAAUAAUUUUUUACGAAAUAGUUUCUCAUUGAGCAACAGUAACAGCAAAGACAGUGCUGAUGUUGAUAGCGGUGGAGUAGUCGGUCACAUUUGGUUUGGUAAUAACCGCUUAUCAAACGUAAUUUACACGUUUCUACUAUUAGCAGCAUUAACGCAUACCGCCAAUGCAACGGCAACGGAUAUUGCGCUGGACGCAAAGGCCACACUAACACAUAGAAUUGAUAGUCUUAAUCUGUUGGUAUAUACCUUUUUGCUGACGCUAACUGUACUGACUAUUUGGCUGUUCAAGCAUCACCGUGUUUCCUGGUUACACGAAACUGGUCUUGCCGUUAUUUAUGGACUGAUUGUUGGCGCUGUUAUACGCUAUGCCGGCACUUCGACGCCACUUGUGCACUUGGAAGUUGAUCCAGCAGGUGAUCCAAAGUUUAAUCAAUCUUUGCCACCCGAUACGUUAUGGAUGAAGUUUCCCGGCAAGUUGGCACCCAAUACCACCGAUAAAGAUCCCAUACCGAAUAAGACAUAUGCAUAUGUUUUUCGCGGCAUUGUAUACGAUGUGGAUGAGAAUGAAAUCGAUUUGAAGGCCACAUUUGAUCCCGAAAUCUUUUUCAACAUAAUAUUACCGCCAAUAAUAUUUCAUGCCGGUUAUAGUCUCAAAAAAAAAUACUUUUUUCGCAAUUUGGGCGCCAUUUUGAUGUUCGCCAUAUUGGGCACGACUCUAUCAUCGUUCCUAAUCGGCGCUAUUAUGUACGGCUGUGUGAAACUAAUGCCAGAGUAUUUGAGUAGUAGUUUCACAUUCCUGGACACGCUGUAUUUUGGAGCCUUGAUAUCACCAACAGAUCCACUAACAAUAUUAGCAAUAUUCCAUGACUUGCAUGUGGACGUAAAUUUGUAUGCGCUGGUUUUUGGUGAAUCUGUACUUAACGAUGCAGUGGCCAUUGUGCUGAGCGGCGCUAUACAAAAUUAUGGCGAACAUUAUUCGAGCACAGGAGGUUUCGAAACUAACGCCUUCUUUAGAUCAUUGAGCGAUUUCUUUUGUAUUUUUAUGCUGUCAUUAUUGAUUGGCGCAACAAUGGGCUGUUUUACGGCAUUGUUGACUAAGUUUACACGCGUACGUGAAUUCCCGCUACUCGAAUCUGCGCUCUUUGUGCUUAUGUCGUACAGUACUUUCCUGAUUGCGGAAGCUUCGGAAUUGACUGGCGUAGUGGCUGUGCUAUUCUGUGGUAUUUGCCAAGCGCAUUAUACCUAUAACAAUUUAUCGGAGAAUUCGCGCACGCGCACAAAGGAAAUAUUCGAAUUAUUGAAUUUCUUGGCGGAAAAUUUCAUCUUUUCAUAUAUUGGCGUUUCAAUGUUCACCUUUCCGAAACAUCAUUUCGACGCUGUUUUCAUCAUAACCGGUUUUGUCACUGCUGCUAUUGGACGCGCCGUUAACAUCUAUCCGCUAUCUUGGCUGUUAAAUUUGAAUCGUAAACCGAAAAUUUCAUCGAAUUUCCAGCACAUGCUUUUCUUUGCAGGCUUGCGCGGUGCGAUGUCCUUUGCCUUGGCCAUACGCAACACCGUUUCGGAGGCACGUCAAACAAUGUUGACUGCAACCUCGUUAAUUGUGAUUUUUACGGUCGUCAUACAAGGUGGCGCAUCUAAUUUUUUGCUUAAUUGGCUUAAAAUACCUGUUGGUGUUGAUGAAGAGACUGAACAGUUAAAUAAUUAUCGCGUACGCAGUGUUUAUAAUUCAAUGGAAAAUACAGCGGCUGCGUCAAUCGAUACCGGACUCAAUUUGGGCCAGCUGCCUAUGUCGCGUCGGCGCAGCUCCUUGUCUGAUGCAUAUUUGCAGGAUGUCGACGUGGACGUUGAGGGAGCUGGUGGUGUUGGCGAUGCCGGCGCACAGACAGCCAUGAAUGUCAAACGCAAUGAGAAGGCUUUUUUGGCAAGAAUAUGGGGGAAUUUCGAUACCAAAUAUAUGAAGCCGUUGUUGACGCAUUCACGACCAACGCUGCUCGAAACUUUGCCCGUAUGCUGUAAUCCCGUGGCGCGCUUACUCACCACAACCGAGCAACUUACACAGGACGGUGGCGGUUUGCGACGCUCCGACUCGGAUUCGGAUAUUUGCAUUGAUGAUGAGAAUUUCGGUGCAUCUUCAACGAAUGGCGCAGCAGGUGGCUUAAAUGGCGGCAGCGGUAGUGGUAGUGGCGGCUCAGCCGGCAUGGGUCCACGUCGCAACUCGAUCAAUCGUCAUACGAAUUUUCUGAAUGAAGCUAAUCAAUUAAUAACGGAUCUUAGUUUGGUUACUAACAACUUUAUGUGAAUCAAAAUCAAAAAUGUCACAAAAACACCAACGUUUUGGCUUAUAACUAAAUGCUUAAAAGUUAAAAAAAAUUCCUUGUACUUGUACUAAAAAUCACUAAUUCACUUAUUUUAUCACAUACACACUCACACAUACAUAAAUACUACACGCAACAAUAAUUCAAACGAAUUGCUUACGUACGGUGCAUGCAUACACAGUUAUUUCUAUAUUUAAUUUAAUUUAUGGUUUAAAAGCCUAAAAAAAUCAAGUUUUCUAACGUUUCGUUUUUUUUAUCCGUCUAACACCCCAUUCGGCAUUAACAUGGUCAAAGGUAUCACAUAUAAACUAUACUCUUGUGCUAAAGUUCGCUAAAUUAAAUCGAACAGCUGUCAAAUCAAUUUUUACACAUGGAUUCAAGUAAUUCAAAUGUAUGUAAAAUGGAAAUUGUAAUUAAAUUCCCCGGGUAAAUGAUAUUUCCCAAAAAAAUGUAAUUUACUAAUUUGACAAGACUGUCCUUUAUUAAUAUGCCAAUUAUGAGCGCGUUCUGCCAACCAGCUUGUUUACAGAAGCUUCUUAUGUCGGUACACCUCAGUAGUGAGUUGAUAUUUUUGCAAUGGAUAAAAAUAUCGGGAAAAAGAAUUUGUCGCAAAUUUUAUAUUUUUAUUCAAAUUUCGUGUGCGGAAUCGUUGCGAAUGUUGAAACAGCGUGACAGUCGUUAUUUCUUUUCGCCGUUUAGCGCCAAUUCGAGAUUCCAAGUGUAGACAAGUUCUUCUUCACCUGAUCUUUCCAACGGAGUGUAGGUCUUCCUCUUCCUUUUCUUGCCCUGACGAUCUGAUUUAGAUGAUAUCCAACUAUUUUAUAAGUAUUAUUUUUAUCAAAAUAUCUUUAAUUGGCCUGAAUUUAGGGAGCAUCGAAUCGAUCACGCAACUCUCUUAAUCACAUAGUGUUGUGUCUCUAACAAACAGUUAUGUAAUUUCAAUGAAGUAUUCAUAGGCUCUCUUGUUUUGACUGUAUAACUUUGUUUUGCUCUUAUCUUCACAAAGCGUACGGAGAAUUGGCGAUUCAAAGAUGGUUUUUUUAUAUUACUGAAAAUGUAAAGUUUGGCGUACAGCUGCGAGCAGUGAAAUAGUAGUGGGUGUUAG